AUGCCGCCCAAGACGAGUGGUAAGGCCGCCAAGAAAUCGGGCAAGGCCCAAAAGAACAUCUCCAAGACCGACAAGAAAAAGAAGAAGCACAAGAGGAAGGAGAGCUACGCCAUCUAUAUCUACAAGGUGCUCAAACAGGUCCACCCGGACACCGGUAUCUCCAGUAAGGCAAUGUCUAUCAUGAACUCGUUCGUGAACGACAUCUUUGAACGUAUCGCCGCCGAAGCGUCCCGUCUCGCCCAUUACAACAAGAGGUCCACUAUCACAUCGAGGGAGGUGCAGACUUCCGUGAGGCUCCUGCUGCCAGGCGAGCUCGCCAAGCACGCCGUCAGCGAGGGCACCAAAGCUGUCACCAAGUACACCAGCUCCAAGUGA